ACGAAUCUGAGUAGGCGUUACCUUGGGAAAUCUUAGUUCCUCACUUCGCGGCUCAAGGGCAAUCAAAAUGGUUCGGACUGGUUUUUCGGAGAGAGGUUACAGAAGAUGUUAAAACGUUCAAUCUCUCACCGGCGCGCGUAUGAAGUUGUUACAACCUACUUGGACUAAAUCAACAGCUGUGUGGACAACGACUGUUUCUGGACGGAGCACAUUAAAUCAUUUAUUUGGAGCCAAUUUAUUGGAAAGUGUUAUAAAAUAUUAAUUGGUCAACUCAGAACCGUAAAGAAUUUGCCUAAUAAGGAGUUGGGUUAACAACUGGUAGAAUUGAGUCCGCGCGUUUUUUUCAUCCAACAUGGGAUGCACCUUGCAUUAAUACUUUAAUUAUAAUGCUUUUGAAAUAAGGUGUUUCGGAUGGUCUGGAAUUGUCUAAAGAGUGUUUGACAAGGCCUUACUUCGGGUAUCUCUACCAGUGGAUGGGAAUUCUUAAACGUAUUGAAGUCGACUGGGGGAAGCAAUGCUUUAAAUAAAGGAGUUUCACAUCUGGUGAAGUCAACCCUAGGACAGGUGACUCAGGAUGAGAAGAUGGCCACCCUGCUGCUACCACCGGGUCCUGACAGCUUGCACCGGUUCACCCGGGAGUCCCUGGCUGCCGUGGAGCAGCGGAUCGCUGAGGAGGAGGCCCGGCGUACCAAGCACUACCAAGAGGACCUGGGAGACGUGGAGCUGCCCCGGCCCCGGGCCGACCUGGAGGCCGGCAAACAGCUGCCACGCAUCUUCGGCGACAUCCCCGCCGGCCUGGUGGGAGUCCCACUGGAUGACUUUGACCCAUUCUACUUCAAGAACCAGAGAACAUUUAUAGUACUGAACAAAGGGAAGGCCAUCUUCCGAUUUAGUGCCACGUCUGCACUCUAUAUUUUUAACCCCUUUCAUCCUGUUAGAAGAGCAUCAAUAAAGGUUUUAGUACACUCAUAUCCUUUCUGAUGGGACGCUCACAGCUCCACCAACACGUGUCUGUUUUAGGGUUUCAAAAUGAAAAUCAAUGAGCAGAGACUGAACAACAUUUGGGAGGGAACCAAAGCCUUACAAUGUACUCUGGUUCAGUUUGUCUAGUUAGAUUGUCAUGUCAUUUUCGUUGUAAUCAUGUUGACAUUGUGUACUAAUGGGUGUAAAUAGAGACGGGGGAGGGAGCUGAGUUGCUCAGAAUUGAGGCGUUGGUAUUGCCUGCUGUCUCUCACUAUCGGAAUUGAGCCGUUGAUAUUGCCUGCUCUCUCUCACUAUCAGAAUUGAGCCGUUGGUAUUGCCUGCUCUCUCUCACUAUCAGAAUUGAGCCAUUGGUAUUGCCUGCUCACUCUCACUAUCAUAAUUGAGCCGUUGGUAUUGCCUGCUCACUCUCACUAUCAUAAUUGAGCCGUUGGUAUUGCCUGCUCACUCUCACUAUCAUAAUUGAGCCGUUGGUAUUGCCUGCUCACUCUCACUAUCAUAAUUGAGCCGUUGGUAUUGCCUGCUCACUCUCACUAUCAUUAUUACGCUAAAUCAAUGAAUGCGAGGAACACAGGACUAGACUUGUCCUCUGCCUCAUGUGCAUUAGACUCAUCUUAGAGGUCGUACUCCAAAACAGAUUUCAUCUCAAGCUGUCACUGACUCAUAGACUCAGUGGAUGGUUACUGUUAGGUUAUGUAUAGA